AUGAAUCCACAACAUGAGAGUCAUUUUGUAAAUAUAGCAAGAGAUCGUUUUCCCUCAACAUCUUCGACGGAAGACAACGAGAGUGUGACCGAGUGGGCGGACGUGCGGCCGGUGAUGCAGCCGCGCCUGCCGCCGCCGCAGGCCAUCAUAGUGGGCUCGGUGAGGAAGAGGCGCGGGAACCUGCCCAAGAACUCGGUCAGGAUACUCAAGAGGUGGCUGUACGACCACCGGUACAACGCCUACCCCAGCGACGCUGAGAAACUCGCCUUGAGCCAAGAGGCCAAUCUCACCGUGCUACAGGUGUGUAACUGGUUCAUCAACGCCCGCCGCCGUAUUCUGCCGGAGAUGAUCCGUCGUGAGGGUCACGACCCUCUACAGUACACUAUAUCUCGCCGAGGCCGCAAGCAGCCGGGCCUGGGAGUAGGCCCCGUGGGGAUGGUGUCGGCCUCCACCUCAACAAUGAGCGUCAUGCCCGGGAACGUGACCGUUGCCGGCUGGGAGGGAGUAGAGGUUCAGAACAUAGAACAGCCUCGCGGGCAUGACUACGGCGACGGUUUGCUGGUGUACCGCGAGGGGGACGAGCUGGGGGACGGGGAGGAGGGGUACUCGAGCGCUGUCAGCGAGGAGGAGGUGAAGUACGACCCCUCGGUGUGGCAGUCCGUUAUACGGUACGGACCGGAGGAACAGGACCUACAUCAUAUUAAUAGAGGGUCGUCGGUGGUGAGCAUGUCGAGUGAGGGUAUGGAGCUGGUUGAAGGGGAGGGUGUGUGGCAGGCGCCGGCUGUUAGGAGGCAGGUGAGCCCGCCGCCACCACCCGUGGCCGUGGAGCUGGAGAUGCUGCCGGCUAUUGACAAGGAAGACAAGUUCAAAUGUCUGUAUCUGUUGGUGGAGACGGCGGUCGCGGUGAGGCAGAGGGAGAGGGAGCAGGAGGACUUAGUGACCGUUAAAUAA